AUGCACAGAUGUCUUCAGAUUGCAGAGCUGUUUGAUGCUGUUUGCAAACGAGUUCUUGCGACUGGGCAUCAUGGAUCCCUCGCGGCUCUCUGUAGAACUUGUCGUCUCUUCCAUGAACCUGCUCUUAACGUACUUUACAAAUCGCUGGAGAGUCUUCGUCCAUUGAUGUUUUGUGUCCCUGCAAUCGUUACCAUCGGAAACAAGAUUACUACGUUCAAAGAGUUAUGCCUUUCAGACUGGCAGGUCAAUGACCAAGAAGAAGUAGUCAUCGACAAGACCAUUCUACAUGCACUAGCUGCUUCAUCCUUCGCACCCCCAAUGUUUACUCAUCUCAAACGGCUUUGGUGGUCACAUAAUUCUGCAGAUGCUUUACCACUCCUAUGCUCCCUGGUCAACCCCAGACUGGAAUGGCUAAUUUUGCAUGAUAUGGAUCCAAUGCUUCUUCCGCCCGUUGUCCCCCACAUCACCUCUACCAACUCUCUUCGCAUCGCAUGUUUCCCCGCAAAAUAUAGCAUGAGGCACAUACAUCCUGACGUGUUCCAAAACUGGCGCAACUUAAAGAACCUUGUCUGCGGUCUAAUCAACGAUGCAACGCUCUAUAAUCUCGCAACAUCUUCUAAGCUUACACAUCUCACUAUUCAAGUUGACGAGAAGAACGACUACGGUGCCCUCAUGAAACUGGCCGGCCAACCAGUGUUUACCACUCUUCAGGGGGAUCUCCGGAUGAAAGAAUUGCAGGUAUCCCCGCCGAAAUUCCCUGUUGGCUAUAUCAUCACGUUUGAUAUCCUGAACACGCUCUUCUCCCUGCGUCAUUUGGAGGCACUGCGUCUCGACACAACUUGCACCUUUUCCCUCAACGACAAGGAGCUUGCGCAGCUGGCCGGCACGUGGCUGAAAUUGCGUACACUUGAACUGGGGACCGAGAAUGGCUGGCGGCAACCAAGCAAAAUUACUCUGCAGGGUUUUGCAAAGUUGUUGCGGCGCUGCCCAGUGUUAUCGGUAGUUGGUCUUGCUAUGAACGCCUGGGCACCGGAUAUCGACCAUCGACGACCUGGAGGAGGGACCCGUAGAAACGGUCUAGAAAUCCUCCGAGUGGCUGAUUCUAAGGUCACGGGCCCAUUGUCCGUUGCAGCGUUCUUGUCAGACAUUGUACCUAACGCUGAGAUAACGGGCUACGAGAUCGGGUGUGACGUAUAUGAGACGUUCAAUACUCGGAUGUUGUAUCGGGAGAGGUGGGAGGAGGUUUCCAUGUUGCACCCUCUGCUUGUCAACUUGAGGAGGCAAGAAGCAGUAGGUUUGGGAUCGGACGAGUACUUCAGAGACUGA